AUAAUAUACACAAAGGCACUCUUGAUAGGGCCCUGUCUCACGAUUAAUUUGGAUCGCGAUCCAUAUUGAUGCAUGAUGCUCCACUCUCUGCUAUGCUACACCUUCAAUAUUUAUCGCGUCAUUAUUUUCAAACUUUUGAACUGUGCAAGUCGUUUUUAAAUAAGAAAAAUGCAAGAAAAUUCAAAAAGAGCGUGUUUAGCCAUAUUACUGGCAUUUUCAUUAAAAAAAGAAACAAAGAGGAAGUAUUGGAGUCGAAGAUGGUACCUGGAGCGGCAUAGGUACACUCAUUUGAGAUUAUUGGAUUCGAUUCGACUUUGUAAGGAAUUAAGCGACUACGAAAAUUACAUUCGGAUCUCCACUGAAAGUUUCGACCAUAUUCUUGAAUUAAUCAGCCCAUAUAUAACUAAGCAAGAUACAGUUAUGAGAGCUGCAAUUUCGCCAAAAGAAAAACUGGCGGUGACUUUGCAUUAUUUAGCAACAGGAAGCUACUUUAAGCAGGUGCGGUAUACAGCGAUUAUGUCGCGGCAAGCAAUAAGCGAAGAGAUCAUGGAUACAUGUGAAGCUUUGAUAUACGCUCUUCGAAACUGCAUUAAAGUAAGUGUACUAAAUGAUACACAUGUACAUAUGGUAUUUUGUUAUAAUUUAUUCAGAAAACUGUGCAAAUAAAU